AUGAGAUUUAGAUUAGAGUUCUAAGAAUAAUAAUCGCAAUAUUCAAAAGUGUGCAACGAUGACAACAAAUAAAAUCUAUUAAAAAUAAAUGUAGUUGAGGAUAAUCUUGACGACUACAUUUUUUUUGAUUGGAAGAACACAAACUUUUAGUUAACUAGCAUCAAUGAAUAAAAUUUAUUGAAGAAAGCAAGUUCUAUUAGACCUACAUCGAAACAAGUCAAAAAAAACUAUUGA